UUUCCCAGUUUCAGGUGCUUCGCUCUUACCUCAGCUUCAUCUCUUUCCUCUUCUCUUCUUUUCUUUUACUUACUUGGGUACCAAAACGUCCAUAAACUUCUCUUUGACUUGCCAUUCGAGAUCAUACUCAGAAUCCAGAAGAUGGCCAUUACCAGUAGAACAAGCGUUUGGUAUCAUCAAGACCAAGGAGACACAAAGAGUUCGGUUGGUAAAGAUAAGAACUUGGAAUUGAUGAAUAAGGUGAGAAUGCUUGAAGAAGCUAUUGAGGAAGAGAGAUUAGCUCGAUCUGCUUUAAUCGUGGAAUUGGAGGAAGAAAGAGCAGCUUCAGCGUCAGCAGCUGAUGAAGCUAUGGCUAUGAAUCUGAGGUUACAAGCUGAUAAAGCUUCACUUGAAAUGGAAGGAAAGCAGUAUGAGAGAAUGAUUGAAGAGAAAUUUGCAUAUGAUGAGGAAGGAAUUAAUAUUCUCAAGGAGAUUUUAUUCAAAAGGGAGAGGGAGAAGCAUUUUCUUGAGAAGGAACUUGAGACUUAGAAGAACAUUGAUGAUGAUGAUGAUGAUGACCGAGAACGGAUUGUUUAUGAUGUUCAUGUCAUUGAGGAUGAUAAUAAUGCUGAGAUGAAAGAUGUUGACGCAGCAGAACACAAAUUGAGGGACAAUGAUGAUCAGGUGAAGCAAAUGGAUGAUUUAUUGAAGGAUCAUGAUUCAUCAACAUAACCUUCUUAA